AUGUCUACUGAAAAAGCUUUGUCCUAUGCCGCUUUGAUUUUGGCCGACUCUGAAGUUGAAAUUACUUCUGAAAAAUUAAUGUCUUUAGUCACAGCUGCUAAUUUGGAAAUUGAAAGUAUUUGGGCUAAUAUUUUCGCCAAGGCUAUGGAAUCCCAAAACUUGACCGAAUUGCUUGUUAACUUCAAUACUGGUGCUUCCGGUGCUGGUGCUGUUGCUGGUGGUGCUGCUGCUGGUGGUGCUGCUGCUGGCGAAGAUGCUGCUGAAGAAAAGGAAGAAGAAGCCAAGGAAGAAUCCGAUGAUGACAUGGGUUUCGGUUUAUUCGAUUAA